AUGCGAGCUAUCGGCAUUAAAGGCGGCAAAGGUCCCGCAGCAAAUCUCUUCAUCGACCAGAUCGCCAAGCCCACCGCCGCAGAUGGCGAAGCCAUCGUCAAGAUCCGGGCCUUCGGCCUGAACCGCAUGGAUCUGCUUCAGCGUGAGGGCCUGUACCCUCUUCCAGCCCAAGCACCACCAAUCAUGGGCGUAGAGUUCUCCGGCGUGAUCGAGAGCUUCGGGCCAGACGGACACGAAGACUUCAGGAUCGGUGAUGAAGUAUUCGGUCUUGCAUACGGCGGCGCCUAUGCAGAGUACAUCGCCGUUUCAAUACACAUGCUAAUGCACAAGCCGAAAGAGCUAUCAUGGGAAGAGGCCGCCGGAGUUCCGGAGACUUGGAUCACGGCUUCACAAGCGCUGUUCCUAAUUGGCGAAUUCCAAUCGGGCCAAACCGUCCUCUGGCACGCUGGCGCAUCCUCAGUCUCAAUCUCGGGAAUCCAACUGGCGAAAGACGCCGGCGCAAAAGCCAUCUACGCAACAGCGGGCUCACAAGAGAAAAUCGACUUUCUGGAAAAAGAACUCGGUGUGACAAAGGCCUUUAACUACAAGACCCAAGACUGGGCGGCCGAGAUCCAGAGGGCGACGUCUGGCGCAGGUGUCGAUCUAACAGUCGAUUUCAUCGGCGCGACGUAUUUUCAGGGUAAUCUUGACGUAGCGGCUCGUGACAGCCGUAUCGUCUUGCUAGGUCUUAUGGGUGGCGGCAAGUUACCCGAGGGAGUUAAUAUUGCGCCGUUACUGUUCAAGCGUGUUCGAAUUGAGGGGAGUACGCUACGCAGUCGGGAUCUUGGAUACCAGCGGAGAUUGAGGGAUACGCUUGUGGAGCAUGCUUUGCCUCGGUUCUGUGAUCGGACGUUUAAAGUUUUUGUGGAGAAAAUCUUUCCAUUUGGGGAGAUUGAGGCGGCCCAUACGUUGCUUGAGAGCAACACUACUAAAGGGAAGAUCAUUUGUGUUUUGGAGUAG